AUGGAACAAGAGAUUUCAGAACUUGCUCUGCAAAUCCAAAGUAUGAGACCUCAACAGCAAUCUUUGAGAAAAGGAGGAUACAAAAAACAUGCACAUACCCCAGGAUCAACGCUUCCUCGGUCAAUGCAGGAAGAACUAGAUGAACAAGAGACAGACGAUCGUAAAUUUGGAAAGAAAUUCACCAUCAAAGCUUCUACCCGAAAAGAGCUAAGGAAGCAAAAGAAGGCAGAGAAAGGCAAGCGUAAUGCAGAGCGCCAUCAAAGAAAAAGGCCCAUUGAAGAAUCUGUCAAAGCAAACAACCAUAACAAUAAGCGUCAAAAGACAACGACGACAGAGGUACAAAGCAAAAAACAACCACAAAUCAAAAGCAACAACAAAGUGGAAAAGCCAGUUGCAGCCAAAAAGACGAAAUCGUCUGCAGAAGCCAUGAAGCGUUUGGAGAAAUCCAAUCCAGGUCUUUACAAAAUGUUGCAAUCUGAUAAUUUGAUCCAUAACGAAGCGGGUAAAGUCAUUGUCGAUAAUGGAGAUUUCGAGCAAGACGAUCGUGAUAUUGCCUAUUGGGAAAAGAAACUAGGCCUAAACAAGAAGAAGGAUAAGUCUUUGGGCAAGGAAUUCGAGGAAGAUGGCCUACUGGAGGUCCUUGGUAAUAUUGAAGGCGAAGAUGGCGAAAACGAUGAUGAUUUAGAGUACCUCAGAAAGAAGAGGCAACGUCAAAACGACCAAAAGAAGAAGGCAGCUAUGGAAGAGAAAGCCGAGGAGGCUAUGGACGAUAUGUUUGCUGGAUUCGAGAGUGAUGAAGAUGAUGAGGAUGAAGACGACGACGAGGAUAUGGAAAUGGAUGGCCUUUUGAAUGAAAGCGAUAGUGAAGAUGACGAAGAAGCAGAAUUGAUUAAUGAAGAUGAUGUGGAUAAUGACGAAAUGACGCUUGAAGAAGACGAUGAAGAAGAAGAAGAAGAAUCUGAAAAGGCUGUUGAACCACCCAAGGCUGCCGAGCAGUCUAAAAGCAGUGUCUUGACCAAAUACGUACCACCUCAUUUAAGAAAAGCACCAGCAGGCAAAUCAGAAAUGCAAAUCAAGUUGCAUAAACAACUUAUGGGUCAAUUGAACAGACUGAGUGAAAGCAACAUGGAGAGCAUUCUGCUUGAAAUUGAGAAAUGUUACGGCACAUAUCCUCGCCAUGAUGUAACUGCCACUCUCACUGAUAUCAUUCUGACCUCCAUCUCACAAAAAUCAAAUUUACUGGACUCAUUUGUCAUUACUUAUGCCACCAUUGUUGCUAGUCUGUAUCGUUUGAUUGGUAUAGAAUUUGCUGCACAUCUCGUACAAACCUUGGUUGAACUGUUUGAAAAAGAGUACAAGAAAUGCAAAGCGUCGAUUCAACGUGGAGACGACAAUGGAGACGAAGGGCCAGAAGGGUCCAGAGAGUCAAAGAAUCUGUUGACCUUGAUCUUGGAAUUGUACAACUUUCAAGUCUUGUCCUGUAUUAUCAUUUAUGACAUUGUGCGUAUGCUGAUUGAACAUUUGGAUGAAAACAGUGUUGAAUUGCUGCUUCGCAUCGUUCGCACUGCUGGGCCUGAGAUGCGCAGCGAUGAUCCCACCUCUCUAAAACACAUUAUCGAUGAAAUUCAAAAGGAGACAGCUAAACGUGAUCCUGCAACUAUAUCCACACGUCAUAAAUUCAUGCUUGAAACAAUUGCCAAUGUAAAGAACAACAAGAUCAAAAAUAACCAGACUGCUGGAGGACACGGUGACAAGGAAAUGGUAUCGAAAAUGAAGAAAUUCCUAAACGGAUUAUCUAAGAAGCGUACAGUGCGUAGCACAGAGGCAUUGCGUGUCAGUUUGGACGAUAUCCGUAAUGUUGAAACAAAGGGUAAAUGGUGGUUGGUAGGCGCUUCAUGGAAGGACAACUUGGUUGGCACUUCUAGCAAAUACAGCACAACCAAAAUGCCCGAAGACUUGAAGAAGGAUCAAUCGUUGCAAGAGGCUCUCCUGAAGCUUGCAAGAAAGCAGGGCAUGAAUACAGAUAUCCGUAGGACAAUCUUUGUCACCAUCAUGAGUUCCGAGGAUUAUUUGGACGCAUUUGAAAAGCUCAUGAAACUGGGACUAAGCGAAGUACAACAACGUGAAAUUUGUCGUGUCAUGUUACAAUGUACAGGCAAUGAAAAAACGUUCAACCCAUACUACAUGCUAGUAAGCAAGCGAUUAUGUGAAGUAGAUCAUUCAUUCAAGGUGACCUUUCAAUACUGUCUGUGGGAUUUUCUCCGAGAAUGCGGUGAGAGCGAAGUGGGUGGACUAGAGCGAAGUGCGACAGAGAACAGCGUCCACGAUGAAGGCAGCAAGAAUAUCCGUGUCAGCAAGUUGUCCAACAUGGCCAAAUUUUAUGCGUCCUUGAUUGCUGAUGGAGCACUUACAUUAGCAGUUUUAAAGAGUGUUAAUUUCAUGUCUGUGCAACGUAAUGCUCGUAUCUUCUUGGAGAUUUUGUUUGCUAAUUUAUUGUUGCAAUUGCAUUCUGGCGGUGCACAAGCCAUUGCCAACGUGUUUGCAAAGAUCCUUGAGCUGCGAACAUUGGCGCAAGGCUGCCAGUUCUUUAUGCUGGAUACCGUGGUCCACGGCAGACACACUGGGCUCGAUCAGGCUGAAUUGGACAAGGUGCAGUGGUCCUGCAAAAUAGCUAGAGAGGUGCUUGGUGCUAAAUAG